GAACCGCCGGGUGCCGGAGAACGUGCUGGCGGUGGCCUUGGUGGCCUUGGUGGCCUUCCUGGGCUACGGGCUGCUGCUGCGGGGGCUUUUCCGCGACCUCGGCCUCUUCCAGUUCUGCCUCGUCAUUGCUGGCUGCCAGUACUCCCUGCUCAAGAGCGUGCAGCCAGACGCCGCCUCCCCCAUGCACGGCCACAACCGGCUGAUCGCCUACAGCCGCCCCGUCUACUUCUGCCUGGCCUGUGCCCUCAUCUGGGGGCUGGAUGCUGCCGCCCGUGGCCCCCUUGGGGCCCCGGGGUGGGGGACACACACACCCCGGGGGUUCCCCGCUGACACCCCCCCGCAGCGGGAGGUCCUGCUCUCGGACCUGGUGGUCUGCCCGGCCGUGGCCGUGCUGACCUUCGCCAUCAGCGCCAGCACCGUCUUCAUCGCCCUCAAGUCGGUGCUGGGCUAUGUCCUGCACGGACUAGUAGCCUUACUGGGGCUGGUAGCCCAUUACCUCCUGCCCCAGCUUCGCAAGCAGCUGCCCUGGGGCUGCCUGGCCGGGCCAGUGCUGCGGCCCCGUGAGUACAGCCAGUUCGAGGUCCGCGGCGCAGCGCAGCUGAUGUGGUUCGAGAAGGCGUUUGCGGGGCUGCAGGCGCUGGAGCGGCUCUGCCUGCACCCCGCCGUGGUGCUGCACGCCCUCACCCACCAGGCGCAGGCCAUCAGCGCCCGCCCCGACACCGGCUGCCUGCAGUAG